AUGGUCUCAAAAUCGAGAGAGGGCAUAAUCACAACUGUCGGUGACAACAUGUCGGCCAAUCUAUCUGGUUCUGAGAAGAACGAGACCACUGUUUUGAAAACAACUAAGGACGGUAUUCCUUUGGUCCCCCAGCCCAGUGAUGACCCCGAAGAUCCUCUGAAUUGGAGUACCUUUCGCAAACAUGCAGCACUGGUUGUGCUUGCAAUGGAGUCACUCAUGGUCAAGUUCUCUGCAACCCUUAUUAUCAUCGCCCUCCUCGGUGCAAUUGGAGUUGCUCAGUCUCAGUCGUACGCACAGGCCCUAGGAUGUCGGAUGAUUAUGGGUUUUGGCGGAAGUGCUGGUCUAUGUAUUGGUCCAGCAUCGAUUUCCGACAUGUUUUUUCUUCAUGAGAAGGGUACUCGUAUGGGAGUGAACAGCAUGCUCCUUGUGGUUGCUCCUUACAUUGGUGGCAUUGCCGGCGGGUCGGUACAACAAAAUCCUCAUCUCGGCUGGCGAUGGGCUAUGUACGUGUCAGCCAUUUGCUAUGCCGCCCAACUCAUUGCGCAAUUCUUCUUCGUCCCCGAAACCAUCUAUGAGAGAGAAGUCGCCGCUACGGAGCCCCCAGAGAAGAAGAACACACUCGCAAGAAGACUCAUGUUCCGCACCCCAACGAAUCCUACAGGAGAGACUUGGUUCCAAACAUUCAAGCGGCCAUAUAAGAUGUUUGUUUACCCUGCUGUACUUCUGCCCUCCUUCUGGGUGUCCACUGGUGUCAUGACUGAAGUGGCCAAUACGGCUGGUUUCGCCUUAAACUUCGGUGUGACCAGCAAAUUCCAUUUUACUACGGCUCAAGUCGGAUUUUGCUUCUUCUCUGGACUAAUUGGUGCAUUUUUCGGGGAGCUUUGCGCCGGCCCACUCUGUGAUUUGGUCGCGAAGCGUACUCUGAAAAAAGAAGAGGAAUGGCAGCCAGAAAAGAUCCUGAAGCUUGUUUUUACUGGUCUUCUCACAAUCUCGGUCGGCCUCAUUCUGUACGGCUGCGAGCUAGAGUAUGGCUCCGGUUGGGCUGCACCUCUCUUCGGCAUGGUGCUAUUCGUCUUCGGUCAAGAGAUCUUGGUCACCGUAAUCAUGACAUAUAUGACGGAUGCCUAUCCUGAUGAUGCUGCCGAGGUCGCAAUUGUCUUCCAAUUCUUCUUCAACGUUAUGUGCUUCCACCCACCAUUCUACACCCCCCAGUGGAUCGCACAACCAGGUGGUGCAAAGGUCCCUUACAUUGUCUAUGCAAUCUUACCGAUCGUAUUUUUUCCACCAUGCAUUGGAGUUCUAAUGUGGAAAGGCAAGAGUAUCCGAGGCAGAGGGACAUGGUCUUCCCUGAUCAAGAAGGAAUGA